CGGUGCGGCCAUGGACUUCUCCAAGUUCCUGGCGGAAGACUUCGACGUGAAGGAGUGGAUCAACGCGGCCUUCAGGACCGGUUCGAAGGAGGCGGCGGCCGGGAAGGCGGACGGCCACGCGGCCACGCUGGUGAUGAAGCUGCAGCUGUUCAUCCAGGAGGUGAACCACGCCGUGGAGGAAACAAGUCACCAGGCUCUUCAGAACAUGCCCAAAGUGCUCCGCGAUGUUGAAGCCCUGAAACAGGAGGCGUCUUUUCUGAAAGAACAAAUGAUUCUUGUCAAGGAGGACAUUAAAAAAUUUGAACAGGAUACGUCUCAAUCGAUGCAGGUAUUGGUAGAAAUCGACCAGGUCAAGUCCAGAAUGCAGCUUGCGGCGGAGUCCCUUCAGGAAGCAGACAAGUGGAGCACACUGAGUGCUGAUAUCGAGGAGACCUUCAAGACUCAAGACAUAGCUGUGAUUUCUGCUAAGCUGACAGGUAUGCAGAACAGCUUAAUGAUGCUUGUUGAUACACCAGACUACUCGGAAAAAUGUGUGCACUUGGAGGCACUGAAGAACAGGCUGGAGGCCCUGGCCUCCCCGCAGAUUGUAGCUGCGUUCACCUCCCAGUCUGUAGAUCAGUCCAGAGUGUUUGUGAAGGUGUUUACUGAAAUCGACCGGAUGCCCCAGCUGCUCACCUACUACUACAAAUGCCACAAGGCGCAGCUCUUAGCAGCCUGGCAAGAACUGUGCCAGAGUGACCUCCCCCUGGACCGGCAGCUCACUGGGUUCUAUGACGCCUUGCUCGGGGCUUGGCACACGCAAAUCCAGUGGGCGACGCAGGUUUUCAAGAACCCCCACGAGGUGGUGACCGUGCUGCUGAUUCAGACUCUGGGGGCCUUACUGCCGACUCUGCCUGACUGCCUCAGCUCCAGCGUGGAGAGGGCAGGGCCUGAGCUGGAGCUCCUCAAGCUGCUAGAGUUCUAUGACACCACCACCCACUUUGCCAAGGGAUUGGAGAUGGCGCAGCUCCCCCACCCAUAUGAGCACAACCUGGUGAAAGUCACGGAACUGGUGGAGGCUGUGUAUGCUCCGUACAAACCGUACCAGCUGAAGUACGGCGACCUGGAAGAGAAGAACGUCCUCAUCCAGAUCAGCGCGGUGCCGUUGGAGCACGGCGAAGUCAUUGACUGUGUGCAGGAGUUGAGCCACUCUGUGAACAAGCUCUUCAGUCUGGCUUCUGCAGCCGUCGACAGAUGCAUCAGAUUCACCAACGGCCUGGGGACCUGUGGCUUGCUGUCAGCACUGAAAUCCCUCUUUGCCAAGUACGUGUCCGAUUUCACCAGUACUCUCCAGUCAAUACGGAAGAAGUGCAAGCUCGAUGAUAUUCCUCCCAACUCACUCUUUCAAGAAGAUUGGACAGCUUUUCAGAACUCCAUCAGGAUAAUAACCACCUGUGGCGAGCUCUUGCGGCAAUGUGGGGACUUCGAGCAGCAACUAGCAAACAGGAUUUUAUCGACAGCCGGCAAGUACCUCUCUGACUCCUACAGCCCUCGGAGCCUGGCCGGGUUUCAGGAUAGCAUCUUGACAGACAAGAAGAGCUCUGCCAAGAACCCGUGGCAAGAAUAUAAUUAUCUCCAGAAAGAGAACCCUGCUGAAUAUGCCAGUUUAAUGGAAAUACUACAUACCCUCAAGGAAAAAGGGUCAAGUAAUCACAACCUGCUGUCUGCGUCUCGUAUGGCCCUGACUCGGCUUAAUCAGCAGGCCCACCAGCUGGCUUUCGAUUCCGUUUUCCUGCGCAUCAAACAGCAGCUGCUACUCGUUUCCAAGAUGGAUAGCUGGGGCACAGCAGGCAUUGGUGAGACGCUGACCGACGACCUGCCCACCUUCAGCCUCACGCCUCUGGAGUACAUCAGCAACAUCGGGCAAUAUAUCAUGUCCCUCCCCCUGAAUCUUGAGCCUUUUGUGACUCAGGAGGACUCUGCCUUGGAGCUGGCCCUGCACGCUGGGAAGCUGCCCUUUCCUCCUGAGCAAGGGGACGAAUUGCCCGAGCUGGACAACAUGGCUGACAGCUGGCUGGGCUCCAUCGCCAGAGCCACGAUGCAGACCUACUGUGACGUGAUCCUGCAGAUCCCUGAGCUGACGCUGCACUCCACCAAGCAGCUGGCCACAGACAUGGACUACCUGAUCAACGUGAUGGAUGCUCUGGGCCUGCAGCCAUCCCGCACCCUUCAGAACAUCGUGACACUCUUGAAGACCAAACCUGAGGACUACAGGCAGGUCAGCAAAGGCCUGCCCCGGCGCCUGGCCACCACAGUGGCUAACAUGCGGAAUGUGGACUACUGACCGCCUCCCCCCACCCCUGCACCUGGUUGAGAAGAGGCCUAGGGCUGGGGUUCAUGGGUCACAGCAGCUCUCCAGAAUGGAUUUGCUCAAAAAUUCUGCCUGGGGUUGGGAGGAUUCAUUUCCAAAAGACUUGAUUCAUUUGUAUAAUCAAAAAAAGGGUUGGGGGGGCUGUAAAUUAGAGGCAUAUUAUUUAUUAGAGCAGAAUUUUCAGAUGAUUUUCUAAAUGAUCCAAUCUUGAAAAGGGAAUUGAUAAAUACUGUGAAAUGAAA